GCACUUGGGAACCAAUGGGAGGCUCCGAACGGGCGGCGCGCGCGCGCGGUGAGAUGUUGCUGGGUCCGGCGGGAGAAUUUGGUGAGCGAGCGAGCAAGCAAGCAAGCGAAGGAGGAGGUUGUGACAUCUCUCCCCUUCUGCAAAGCAAGCCCCUGGGUGUCGGCUUCCCAGUAUCCAUCAUGCCCGGUACCAGGUCUCUGUCCCAGUCCCGGAACCAAAACACAAUUAACUUUCCAAAGCGGAAAUCAACAAGGACACUUUCCAAACCUCGAAGUACUGAGGGGGGUUCAAAACCAGACUCAUCCACUCUGUCUGUCUCACCGCUCUCCUCCAAGGAAAAGGUUUUGCCUCUUAGCCCCCGCAAACGUCUGGGAAAUGAAAAUCUCUGCAAUGUCACCCAAUCGUUGCCUUGCUCCCCAACUAAGCAGAGUAAAAAAGAGAACAGCUUUCCACUCACCUCCCCCAAAGGGCGAACUUUACUCUUCACUGAGCAAUCAGCUCUCCAGUCUCCAACCAAAAGCAGUACUUUGGUUCCCUCUCCCCUUCGUAGAGCUGAAGAGACUCCCAGUACCUUGCGGCGUCAUUGUUCUAGAAGAGAGCUGGUGUGUACUUGUCUCUUUAAGCAAGACGGCACCUGCUAUCAGCAGGCGAAGAGUCUCCUGCACACAGCGGUUCCAGACCAGUUACAUGCAAGGGAGAAAGAGACCGGUGUCUUACAUGAGUUUCUUCGGGAACAUGUUUGUAAAGAAAAGCCUGGAAGCCUUUAUAUCUCUGGAGCUCCAGGGACUGGGAAAACUGCCUGUCUCAACAGGAUCCUGGUAGACAUGAAGACCGAGCUCACUGGGAGUCAGAUCAUUGCCUUAAACUGCAUGGCCUUGAGGAGUUCCCAUGCUGUUUUCCCUGCAGUCGCUGAACAGUUGGGCCUGGGUGCCGCGAACAAAAUGGCCAGGGCAGAUGUCAUCAGAAAGCUGGAGAAGCGACUGACGUCAGAAAGUGAACCCAUGAUUUUACUUGUUUUAGAUGAGAUGGAUCAGCUGGAUAGUAAAGGACAAGAUGUGCUGUACACGAUGUUUGAGUGGCCCUCUCUCCCGAACUCCCGUCUUGUUCUCAUUGGGAUAGCCAAUGCCUUGGACCUUACAGAUCGCAUCCUGCCCCGCCUGCAGGCCCGCCCAAAGUGCCGGCCACAGUUGCUAAAUUUUCCUCCGUACAACAAAGACCAGCUUGUAUCCAUCCUCCAGGAACGCUUGAAGCAGGUCUCAGGGGAGCAGGUGUUAGACAAUGCAGCCAUCCAGUUCUGUGCUCGGAAAGUCUCUUCCAUCUCUGGGGACGCCCGCAAAGCUUUGGACAUAUGCAGGAGGGCCAUUGAAAUUGUGGAGUCGGAUGUGAAGAGCCAAGCGGUGCCUAAGCUGCUGCCUGCCUGCAAAUCCCGUUCUAAACCAGCCACAAAUUCCGCAGUCCCCAAACAAGUGGGGCUGCUCCAUGUAUCACGAGUGAUCUCUGAUGUGUAUGGUGACCGAAUGACAGCUGACAACAGCAGCGGUGGUACUGAUUCCUUCCCUUUACAACAGAAAAUCUUGGUGUGUUCUCUGUUGCUUUUGGCCAAGCAACAGAAGGCCAAAGAGGUGACCCUUGGAAAGCUGCAUGAGGCCUACAGCAGAAUUUGCCAGAAGCAGCAAGUGGGAGCUGUUGACCAGUCAGAGUGCCUCUCGCUCUCUGCCCUUUUAGAAUCCAGGGGUAUUGUGGGGUUGAAGAAAGCUAAAGAAGCCCGGAUGACUAAGGUCUUCUUGAAGAUAGAAGAGAAGGAUGUUGAACAUGCUCUCAAGGAUGGGGUCUUGAUUGGCAGUAUCUUGGCCAAGGGGCUUUAGAAGUGUUGCCCAGUUUACCUGCUGUACAGAACGUUUCUAAGAUGGUAUAAUUUCUCCCAUGAUGCUCUUAUUCAUUGUGAAAGUUUUUACUGAGCCAUGCCAUUGGGUGGAUGAAUCUGAUUAUUGGAACAUUUCUAUGUUCUUAGUUUUUUUAAAGUAUUCAUGUUAUAAAAGUGCUCCCUCUUUAUUCUCAGUUGUUUAUUUCUCAACCGUACAAUGUCCUGUGGAAUAGUUAAUAACUGAUGGGAGGAUGGAGCCGAGUCAAUGGUAAUUAGAAGAUGGAGUUUUGCACUUCAUCUGAAUAUCAUCCCUAUAACAUCCCCUACCCAGGUCUCCUUUUAGAUUCCUUGAAGUGCCUCUCCUACCAAUCCCUGCUGACUCCCAGCCCAUACCUGUACACAGAAAGGAGAGCGACUUGUGCCACUCUUGGGAUGCCCCUGCCUGCCUGUCUUGAAUGCUGGAGAUGAAAGAGGAUGAAGCCUUUCGGCAGCAGAGCCCAUUUGCCGAAACAAAACCCUUCACGUCACUAGAGGAAAUAAGAAGGCCACCGCUUCUCUCAUGAGCUUCUUUGAAGUCAGGCUGUUUCCGUGAAGCAGAUGUCACUCAUGCUGAGGCUUAGCAUCCCAGGAGCUGCAGUGGGGCUUAGUGAAAGAAACACAUACAGACCCAAGGGCUCUGAACAUCUUAACAUUUAUGAACUGUGGAUGCAGUCUUAGCACUGAAACUGGUUUAUUCUGGACCUGGUCUGUUUUAUUUCUUUGCCAUCUCUUGCAAAGAACUGAUUGGCUUCCCAGGUGGGCGUGAACUGAGAAUUCUUACUAAACGUGCAGUAACGACUUCUGAGUUGGAAUCCAGUUUUCUGCAUCCAUGCAGAUAUGUACACAUUGACAUCUUCUACCCCACCCUGGAAUAAUCCUGUUCAUAUUUGAAAGGCCACAUGUUGUUUUUUUUCACAUUGUUUCCGUGCUUGAACUGACUAUCUAAGGGCAAUAUUAAGAAAGGUUCUCCCAUCCCCUGAUGGCUUUAUAUUUUUGAUGUACUAAAACCUAUAUUAGCUGGUGCUUUUAACAGUGGGAGUAUGGACAUACCCCUACUGCUUUUUUAAAUUAAUAGAUUAAAACGUUCUUACGAUU